UUACUAGCACCUCUAGAUUGUACCAAUCUCCUUGUUGAACCUUUUGAGUCUCACAUCUGUUCCAAAGAUAAUCACUUUAUACAGAUCUCACAAAUACAUUUUGAAGAUAAUAGUCCACUAUCUCAAAAACUCAUUCCUACUCCAAUAUCAAUACCACCCCUAAUAAUAGACAGUUAA